CGCAACACCUACCUACCUAACGAUUGCUGUCGCUUUACAGUCCAACGUUGGCCAAGUCAGUUUCACAACUGCCAAGCUCGCUGUUUCUCUUCUCGAGUUGCAGAGUACCUAGUGAUGCAGUUCCCAUCAUUUCCCGCCGUGGCUCUGCUGUUGCACGCAGCAAGCGCGCACCACUCGCUUCCGAGAAAGCCGCUUGAGUCGUUAUAUGUCACCCACGCUGCGUUGAGUCCUGCGGGACCCUUGGAAGUCAUCCAGCUCUACAAACCUGUGUCUAUUCCUGAGUCGACAAGAUGCAACGUCCAGCAGACGCUGAUGCAACACACGUUCGCCAGCUCCUACGGCGUCCCGUAUGUUGGAAAGUACACGCCGCCCGGCUGCGACUUCAACAGCGUCAUCAUCGAAUGGACGGUUACCGUUGCAGGUCGUCAAUUCGACAGGCUUGCUGAGAUGUAUCUCGGCGACAUAGAAGUGUGGCGGACGUCGACCGCCGAGCCCACGGCCUCGGGGAUUGUGUUUAGAUACCAGAAAGACCUGAGCAUGUACCUCAGCCUCUGGAAGACUCCGCAGGACGUGAUCUUCAGCCUGAACAAUGUCUUCGAUUCCACGUAUACCGGCGCGUUCAACACUACUCUGGUCGCGACUUUCUUUUAUGACUCGACCGAGCCCGCGCAUGCUGAUAGCAUCUUACCCAUCUCGCCACAGCUGGGCUCGAGCGGUGCACCCAGUAUCUUCACUCUCCCUGGCGACGUGGCAACGGUCGAGCACAUCCUCCCGCUGAACGUUACCCACGCGUCGGUCUCCAUCGCAGCCACGGGCCAGAGCAACGAGGAGUUCUGGUACACGAACGCGCUCCAAUCCGACAUUGACACCUUCGACCCCACCGUCGGCGCACUCCUCGGCUACGGUCCGUUCCGGGAGGUGCAGCUCUUCAUCGACGACCAGCUGGCCGGCGUCGCGUGGCCGUUCCCGAGUAUCUUCACAGGCGGCAUCGCACCGGGGUUCUGGCGCCCCGUGGCGGGCCUCGACGCGUACGAUCUCCGCGACUAUGAGAUCGAUAUCACGCCCUUCCUGCCCCAUCUGCUCGACGGCGCGCCGCACGCCUUCACCAUCAAGGUAGUAGGCGUCGACGACAACGGCGGCAACGGCGCCGCCACGCUCUCCGAACAGAGCAUCAACAGCUACUGGCUAGUGUCGGGCAAGCUCUUCCUAUUCCACGGCGACGAGGCGUACACAGGCCCGCACGACGCGCCGCUGAUCACGGGCGCGCCCGCGAUCGACACGUCGUCAGUGGUGCGCGCCCGCAACGGCACGAACGAGACGCUCGAGUACGGCGUGACGGCGUCGCGCGUGCACACCGUCUCCUCCGCGUUCGGCACCUGGACCCAGAGCCUAUCGUACAGCAACACAGGCUCGCUUCGCAACGCGGGGCUAACGCAGCUCAACACGCAGCACACAGAGGGAACCGCAGCGGCAGUGCUCAAGAGCGCGCCGCGCUUCAGCAGCACGCUGCGGUACACUUACCCCAUCACAGUCAACACGACAUACACCUUCUCCGGCGCCAACACGACCAUCGCCGCAACGCUGGAUCGCGGGCUGCAGAUCGAGACCUCCGGGCGUCCGGAUCUGUCGACGUUUAGCUUCGCAGCUGGGCCUGUGGCGCUGGAUACGCAGCAAAUCGGGCGUGCGGCGUAUUCGAACGCGCCCAACGCCAGCUACUCGUUCGGUUCCAUGGAGCAGACAUUCCGCGAGCAGAGCUAUGGGAGCGUGUACACGCGGCACGUGAAGAGUAGGAAUCUGACUAUUGUGUAUGAUGAGGCGAGCUAGAUGCGGUAUCUCGGAAGAUGGUGGUUUAGCAGUAUAGAUUGAAGCUGUGGCAUGUGGAAUGCGAGUAGUAUAGACAGGGUAGAAUCGUAUUUACAUGAGAUUGCGAUGCACAACAUCGCCUCAAGCACGCCUGCGC